UUGACAUUAGUCUAAGAUGGCGGUAUUUUUCAGUGUUGGUGUGUAGUAGGGCUGUCGGAUCUUCGAGUUUUUUGCGUUUUGAAUAGAAAUUUCGGCGUGAAUGAAUUAUGGAAACUAGUGCGAGUACCGGUACUCGUACAACGCGGUUUAUGAUGGAGGGUGUCGGUGCCCGAGUCAUCCGUGGCCCUGAAUGGAAAUGGGGUAAACAGGAUGGUGGAGAAGGCCAUGUCGGAACUGUUAGGAACUUUGAGUCUCCAGAGGAAGUUGUUGUUGUAUGGGACAAUGGAACAGCAGCAAACUAUCGUUGUUCUGGUGCUUUUGACCUUAGAAUUCUGGACUCAGCUCCUACUGGUGUCAAACACGAUGGAACAAUGUGUGAUACGUGUAGACAACAACCAAUUUUUGGAAUUCGUUGGAAGUGUGCAGAGUGCGGCAACUAUGAUCUAUGCUCCAUGUGUUAUCAUGGAGACAAGCAUCACCUGAGACAUAGAUUCUAUCGCAUAGCAACUCCUGGCAGCGAAAGAGUAUUGCUGGAGCCUAGACGUAAAAGUAAAAAGAUUGCAAUUCGUGGGAUAUUUCCUGGUGCAAGAGUUGUUCGAGGUGUUGACUGGCAGUGGGAAGAUCAAGAUGGUGGAAAUGGUAGAAGAGGCAAAGUCAAUGAAAUCCAAGACUGGUCGGCAGCUAGCCCACGGUCAGCAGCUUACAUUAUUUGGGAUAAUGGUGCGAAAAACCUGUAUCGUGUUGGUUUCGAAGGAAUGGCUGAUUUGAAAGUAGUCAAUGAUGCUAAAGGUCAGUCAGUGUACAGAGACCAUCUUCCAUUAUUGGGUGAGCAAGGACCAGGUCGAACUGGCCCACAUGGUUUACAAAUUGGAGAUCAGGUUAAUGUAGACUUAGAACUAGAAAUAGUGCAGUCUCUGCAGCAUGGACACGGAGGCUGGACAGAUGGGAUGUUCGAGUGCCUGGGCACCACAGGUACCGUCGUUGGCAUUGACGAGGACCAUGACAUUGUCGUAUCUUAUCCAAGUGGCAAUCGGUGGACUUUUAAUCCAGCUGUGCUGACAAAGGUGCAGAUACCGGUCCCAGUGACCAGCUCCAGCUCAGACAAUCAAACUUUCGCUGUCGGAGAUUUGGUGCAGAUCUGCAACGAUCUAGAAAAGAUCAAGUUGCUUCAGCGUGGACACGGGGAGUGGGCUGAGGCAAUGGCUCCGACCAUGGGAAAGAUUGGCAGAGUUUUGCAACUGUAUCACGAUGGAGACUUGAAGGUUGAAGUUUGCAGCACCUGUUGGACGUACAAUCCUCAGGCAGUGACGAAGAUAGCCAGCAGCGAUGGCAGCGUCCCAGGCAACAGCAGUGGAGAGCGUUUGUCAGCGAUGCUGAAAAAAUUGUUUGAAACACACGUCUCGGGUGAUGUUAACGAGGAGUUGGUGAAGACCGCUGCCAACGGUGACGCUGCCAAGUGCGAGGAAUGCUUAAAAAGACCAGAAGCCGAUGUAAAUGGAGUAUUUGCUGGCCACACUGCUCUACAAGCCGCGAGUCAAAACGGUCAUUCAGAAGUCAUUAAAAUCCUGCUUCGUUAUAAAGCCGAUGUAGAGAUUGAGGAUAAAGAUGGCGACAGAGCAGUACAUUAUGCAGCUAUUGGCGAUGAAUCGGGCGUUAUGGCACUGUUGGCUGGUGCUGGAGCUGACCUAAACGCCAGAAAUAAAAGACGACAAACGGCCCUCCACAUGGCUGUUAAUAAGGGCCACGCGGGUGCCGUGCGCACGCUCCUCGAGUUAGGCUGCCAUCCCAGCUUACAGGACUCCGAGGGCGACACUCCGCUCCACGACGCGAUUUCUAAGAAACGGGAUGACAUUUUGGCUCUGUUGUUGGACCAUGCCGCAGACAUCACCCUCACGAACAACAAUGGCUUCAACGCGCUGCACCACGCCGCUCUCCGUGGAAACCCAAGUGCUAUGCGGGUGCUGCUGUCGAAACUUCCUCGACCCUGGCUGGUGGAUGAGAAAAAGGACGAUGGGUACACGGCUCUUCAUUUGGCCGCCUUGAACAACCACGUGGAAGUCGCGGAACAGCUGGCACGUUUCGGGAAAGCUGACCUGGAUCUGCAGAACGUCAAUCUGCAGACCGCGCUGCACCUCGCUGUCGAGCGGCAGCACACGCAGAUCGUCCGUCUGCUGGUGCGCGAAGGUGCAAACCUAAAUGUCGCGGACAAGGACGGUGACACACCUCUGCACGAGGCCCUGCGAUAUCACACGUUAUCGCAGCUGCGACAGCUGCAGGAUGUCCAGGACGUCGGACGUCUCCUGAUUUGUUUAGGGGCGCAGGGCUUAGACAAGAAGAGCAGCUCCUUCAUUGCCUGCUUCCUGGCAGCCCAUGGCGCUGACCUGGGGCUCAAGAACAAGAAAGGACAAACACCUCUUGACCUAUGCCCGGAUCCAAACCUCUGCAAAACAUUGACUACUUGCCACAAAGACAGGGAGUCGCACAGUAUUGGAACGACUCCGCCAUCAGCAACGAUCGACGAGUGUUUGGUCUGCUCAGAUGGAAAACGUGAAAUGCUUUUCAACCCCUGCGGACAUGUUGCCUGUUGCAACACUUGUGCGCCGCGGGUGAAGAAGUGUCUGAUUUGCAGGGAGAACGUUCUGACGAGAAUGAAGAUCGAAGAAUGCGUCGUGUGUUCGGAUCGCAAAGCUGGAGUAUUAUUUCGACCCUGCGGACACAUGUGUGCAUGCGAAGGCUGUGCAGCCCUUAUGAAAAAAUGCGUCCAGUGUAGAGCUCAAAUUCAACACAUGGUGCCGUUGUCCGUCUGCUGCGGGGGCGGAGGGGAUGUCACUUAUGUCAAGGGUAUCAACACUUCAGGUAAUAUAACCGAGGUGAAAAGCGAUCCUGAAGAAGAGCCAGCAACCAGCAAACAAGUGAUUGGCAGCGGAGAAUGUCUCAUAAACAACGAAAGCAUCGACAAAACUCUCAGCGAUAUAGAGAAACUUGAACAGCAAUUACAGGACAUCAAGGAACAGACCAUGUGCCCCGUUUGCCUGGACCGUUUGAAGAACAUGAUAUUCCUUUGCGGCCAUGGAACCUGUCAAAUGUGUGGCGACCAAAUGUCAGAAUGUCCAAUAUGCCGGAAAGCCGUUGACAGACGCAUACUGCUUUAUUAAGCAUAAAACGAUGAUCUUUCUAUUCAAGUUCUUUAAUGAAGAAAAAAAAAGAAAGAAAGAACAACUGAAUAUUACAUCAAACUUUAUAAGGAACUUUUUACAUUGAGCUAGCGUUUCUAAGAAAUCUAAUAAUCCCUCAGCUGCUUUUAUUUCCAACGAACAAUUCAUUUCACAAUUUCAUUUUUUCCCGCGUUGCUACUAUUAAAUUCAUCUCUCAUAUUUACUCUUCCGUCAAAGAGUUCUAUGUUCUCGAACUUUACUGUUGAACGUGUUAGCGCUUAAGAUAACGACAAUAACAUCAUAUGUGGGCUGCAAAAGGACUUAACUAUAAUAUUCGAUUAUUUUUCGGGAUUGGAAUGAUUGUGAUCAUUAAUUUUGUUAUGCUAAUUAAUUGUCAAGAGGAAAACUUCAUUGUGAAUUAAAGACGAAGCAUGGGGUUGGAAUAUCUUUGGUAUAGUAAUUGUUAUUAGCAUUAUCUUUUUUCUCCUUUUUUCUAUGAAAUUUUGUGGACGUAACGAUAAUUCGAUCAUUGUUUUGUAGAGAAUAGCGUUAAGCGAUUAGAAUGUUUGCAGUGUUUCCAUGUUCGAGUACCAAUGCUGGUGCAUAGGAUUAUGCGCACAACUAUCAUAUGAUUGCAUUUGAUUAAUCGGCACUAUACUGUGAACACUGAAAAUUAGCAAAGCUUCCACAGAAAUCUUGCUUCUCUCGCCUUUUGGGACAAGAAAAUUUGUAUUCAUCGUCCUUUCUGUUUUUUUUUACGUUCAAGUGUUUGAAUAAUUUUUUAAAUUUCGUUUUUUGGGAUCUUUUUAUCUUAAAAUCGGUUCAACAUGAAUUCCUUGUAAAUAUAUCAUGCUUAUUCUAUCUUCAGCUUAAUGUCGCUGUCCAACAUCAAUUUUACGAUAACUUAUAGGUGAUUCUUAUAAAUUUUAACAAUAACUAAGAAGAACCGUUUUUUGAUCAUUCUCAGUUUCCUUAUGUGAGACGAUUUUCUUCUAAUGUCAUAAACAUUUAUUAAAAACCAUAAAAUUGCCUAUCGUGUAAAACUUGUUGGACAGUGUAAUCACUACUGCCACAAGUUUUCCUUAAUUGAUACAAGAACAAUGGAUAGUGCCAAUUACUUUUUGUAUAAGCAAUAGAAAAUUUAGUUUAUUCUCGAAUUAAUUAUAGA